AUGACCCAGGGUUUACGUGCAAAUCUUCUGUGUUCAACACAUAUGCUCGCCACUCUACCUGAUCGUUCAACACGAAAAGGUGGAAAGGGUCUUUAUGUCAGAGUUGCCUGUGAACGUCAUGCGCUCAACCAUGCGGGCCUUUGUCAACCACACACUGGAAUAAAUAAAUUUUUUUCUGUAACACUCUUGAAACGAUGGAAUAACAUUGAAAAUUUCACAAAAUCGGCAUAUAAUAAUGAUCCAACGUUAACUGCACAACAAGUGCUUGAUCAAUACAUUCAAAGCUUAAAUGAGAUUAUAAACAUUAAAGAAGUUGGUCCUAAUGUUAAACGGCAUGUCCAAGCUAUUAGAAGAAAGAUAAUUAAAACGGAGUAUCUAAAAAUUAUUGGUGACACCCUUCUGGAAGUAAUACGUAAUGAUGCAAAACAAAGGAAAGGAAAAACCAGCCAAACUCGGAAAGAUUUUCAAAGCGCAAUGAUGAAUGAUAUUGAAAAUCGAAAAUCUGCUGGAUACAUUAAUAGCUAUAAAUUAAAAUUAAAUGAUGAAAUCGAUAAAUUCUGGAUGAGCCCCGGUGAACAACAACCAAAUCGGUUUACCAAGAAACUUAGGAACCUAGAUGAUAAUGAUGAAACAAUAGAGUGCAAAUCUACAUGGUCCGAUGAGGACAAUGAUCUUAAUAAAAAUAGCGACGAUGAAAAAAGCGUAGAAAUGGGUAAAUCAAAUAUAGCUGAAUUUAGAGAUUCAUACAAAGCAAUGAAAAAGGAGAAAAAAUGGUAUUUGACAUCAGGGAAAUGUGUUGAAGAUGAGUUAUAUUUUUUUGGAAAUCGAUGCCGGUUUGAACAGUAUAUUUUUAACUCUGAAGAGCUAAAAGAAAUUCGUGAUACAGGAGCAAAAAACCUUCCAGAAAUGCCGAGUGAAUUAUUAAAGUACAUCAGCUCCUUUCGAAUGAAAACAACUAAAGAUUUGCGCGUAGAACUUUGUGUACGACAAGAUUGGGAAGGCGAAAAUUUUGAUAAAAUAAAACAUUUUAAUUUUGAUUGGGUCAAGAAUAGUAUCUAUAAUUUGAUAUUAGAAUAUGAAUCAGAUACAUUACAACAAAAACAUUUGGAGGCGUGGCACAACAUUCACAUAUGGUCAUUUAUUGAUAAAUGUUUUAAUGAAUUGGAAGGAGUUGAUAUUGCCCGAGGUGAAUCAUGUAGUCUUGCCUCAUCAAAGCGUAAAAAUAAUAGAAGGAUAGUUCAAGGAAUUGUAAAGACAACGAGAAAAUCUAUUGGAAGGAGGGGCGAUCUUAUCAUAAGAAAAGGAUCUUACGAAUAUGGCGCUUCUGAGGUAGGAAAGGACUAUGAUGGAGAUAAUGGAUCAAAAUUACUAAAGGAAAGAGGAUUAAAAAGCCCGAAGAUGCUUAAAGAUAUGAUUGUUAACCUUGGGAAUUUUGUUGAAUGGAAAGCUGAAAAGCUUCGCCAAUUUGAGCUUGUUAGUUUCAUUCACGCAGGUCUUUUUAUGAUUUUGUUGCGUAUGGAUGUUCCUGCUGGAUAUAUUUGUAGAAUUACGAGGUCGGAUACCUUACAAAUGCCAACCAAUGUCAACCAAUUCGAAAAAGCUCUUAAAUGUUUGGUUUUGACGUGGAAGGCGAAGAUGAUUGUCCGUAAAACGAUCGAAGUUGUCGAAGAAAUGUGCGAUGGUGACACAUUGGAGGACUUGCAAGAAGCUGGUGCCCGUAAGCAAAGAGAUUUGACCAUUCUCUCUAAUUGUAUUAUGACGCCACAGAAAAAGCGUAAGGCAAAUAUGAUAAACGCUUAA